AUGGACACCUUCGAGCGUGAGCGCACGACGAAGGGGCUGCGCCUUCCGCACGGAUGGUGCGAGUGCCCGGAGAUGGGGGCGCCCAUCGACGACGGAUUCGGGCCCCUGAUUCCGUGCAAGGUGCCUCUAGGUCGUCAGUGGGUCGGAUGCGUGCCCUCCAGCGUGCACUUUUCACCACAAGCUGCGGUCGAUCUCGCGUUCACGAGCUACAACGUCGUAAUCGGACUCGUCGUGGAUCUCACGUACAGUGACAAGUACUACAUGCCCCAGGAAUUUGUACAGCUCGGAUGCAACUACUGGAAGGAGCCUUGCAGGGGUCGUAACGCGUCGCCGGACCCGAAGGCCGUCAACAGCGUGUGUCACAUCAUCACGCAGCAACAGGCGGACCCUGAUUUCGUGUUUGAGGAUCAGGUUUCAGGCGAAAAGCGGAAGAUGGGGGUACUCAUCCACUGCACGCAUGGAUUCAAUCGGACAGGAUUCGUCGUCACUGCGCUUCUGCACCGCCGUAGACUGGCCGGAAAACUGGUGCCACUGGGCCACACAUUGCAAAUUUUUUCCCAGAAACGGUUUCCCGGCAUAUACAAGGAUCAGUACGUGAGCGAUCUAUUCGACUACUUUCACGAAGAUCGUCCCGAAUUCGUACGAACCCCGGAUCUACCGCAGUGGAAAGCAAGCGCCCGCGGAGUUGACGAUGAGGAUGAUGAUGGGGGCAUCAGUGUCGAGCAGCUCCACAGAGACGCGGAAACGCCGCGACGAAAUGGCAUCCCUUUCCUGCCCGACGGCAGCCCCGAUCUCGAGGAGGUCGGCGAGGACGUUCCCGACGAGCUGGCAGGGGUGAUCCAGAGGCUCGUCUGGAGCAAGGUCCGCGGCAACGAACUGGGGCAAGCUGAUGACGCAGUUCGCUUCCCUGGGUCUCAACCGGUGUCUCUCGAGCGGGAUCACGUCGGGAACAUCACCGCAGACGAAUACAAUGCCUGUGCUGCAGAGUGA